CGCAGCACUUCCGACACGACUCGUCGAGACCGGGGGAUGCGCCCCUAAACUCUCUUCAAAUACGAGCCCUCUCUUUGGGCAAGCCACUCCAAUCGUUGCCAGCCGACCGCAUUUCUAGCAAGCCGCCCAUGAAGGUGUACGCGCUCCAGCUCCUGCUCCUCGUGGCGGUGCUCGCCGCUCCCUGCACGACGGUGUGCCGGGCGUCCGGCGCAGGGCCGCCGCCGCCGCCGCAGUGCGACCCGCUGGCGCUGCGCCCGUGCGCCGCGGCGGUCAUCGACGGCGCGAGGCCGUCCGGCGAGUGCUGUGCUAAGGUCAGGGAGCAGGAGCCGUGCCUGUGCAGGUACAGCAGGAACCCCGGCCUGACGAGGUACAUCAACUCCCGGGAGGGCAGGAGGAUCGCGGCCGUCUGCCGUGUCCGGAGGCUCAGGUGCUAGGUUCGCGCGUCGUGUGAUCGUGUCCGUGUGUAACCGAUUCCAUAUGCGACGUCUAUGUGGACUCUGCAUCUCCGUGUCUCUUACUCUCUUGCUACCAUGUGACGGGCCAGUUGUGGGAUGUUUGGUAUUUGGUUACUUUGUGUACUAGCUGUUGGUUCAUUAUUCCUUCUCCGUGUUGUGUGUCAAACUGUUGAGUUGGCAUUUUGCAGUGAAAUUUUUUGAACUUAUUCUUCA